AUGGCUCGCGACAGACUUGCUGCUCUUCGUGCACAAAAUGGAAGCGAUAAUGGGUACACCAACAUGAGCGACGACGCGCCCCCUUCCCAGCAAUACACAAACCCAUACGCGCAGCAGGACAACGGACGCUACGAAAUGUCGGCGGUAAACAACAGCACGACACAGCUCACCGCGGGGGAUGCUAGCGACAUGUCUUCGUUCUACACCGAGAUUUCGUCGAUCCAAGACCAAAUCCGGACUUACAACGACACCGUCCAAAGGAUCGCUGAUUUGCACAACCGGUCAUUGAACCAAGCCGACGAGGCCGCUGUCCAGCGCAAUGCCUCUCAACUCGAGCAAUUGCAGGAUGAUGUCAGCAGCCUUAGUAGCCAGCUGCAGCGACGUAUCAAGGAUUUGAUGAGCAAGUCGUUACCUGGACGCGACGGUCAAAUUCGGGCACAGCAGACUAAUUUGCGCGUUGAGCGCCAGUUCAAGAUCGUCAAGCCCGAUGCGACCCCCGAAGAGAUUAAGGCGGCUGUGAAUGAUGAUUCGGGCAAUGGUCAGAUCUUCUCACAAGCUCUCAUGAACUCUAACCGGUUUGGCGAGUCUCGGGCUGCGUACAGAGAAGUUCAAAGUCGUCAUGAGGAUUUGAAGAAGAUUGAAAAGACUCUCACGGAGCUCGCUCAGUUGUUCAAUGACAUGAGCGUUCUUGUAGCUCAGCAGGAUGAGACUAUUGAUACCAUUGAGCACCAUGCUAUGGAGACUCACAAGGAUAUGGAGGCUGGGCUUCAGCACACCGAGGCUGCUGUCGUGUCGGCCCGUGGAGCAAGGAAAAAGCGAUGGAUCUGCUUCGGUAUAAUUAUAGCGAUUAUAAUCGUCGUUCUGAUCAUUGUUCUUGUUGUGUUGGCUCAGGCGAGUGAAACUCUGACGGGUUCGGGCGGCAACAACAACAGCAGCCAGCCGCAAGCUACUGCUCGCAUUUAG